AAAAAAAAAAAAAAAGUAUAAUUAAUUAAAAUGAAGGCAUUUGUAGUUGAAAAGUGGUUAAAAGGUCCUGAGGAACUUUCAUUGAAAAAUAUUAAUCCUCCAUCCAAACCAAAAAUGGGUGAAUUACAGAUUCAAGUCAAGGCUGUUGGUUUGAAUUUUUUCGACACAUUAAUGAUUCAGGGUAAAUAUCAAAUACGACCUCCUUUUCCUUUUAUUCCUGGGGGAGAGUUUAGUGGUGUUGUCCUUGAGUCAACUAUUCCCAAAUUUAAGGCAGGUGACCGUGUAUUUGGGUCCGGUUAUUCCUUUGCAGAGAUAGUGAAUGUUUCUGCUUCUAAUGUACUUCAUAUGCCUAAAAACUUUUCGUUUGAGCAAGCUGCCGGUUUGUAUAUUACAUAUCCAACCAGCUAUUCUGCUCUUGUGUUACGUGCUAAUCUAAAAGCAGGUGAAUAUUGUCUCGUUCAUGCUGCUGCUGGUGGUGUAGGUAUUGCUGCUGUUCAAAUUGCAAAAGCUCUCGGUGCUAAAGUUAUUGCUACAGCAGGCUCAGCUGAAAAAUUGGAUAUUGCAAAGAAGUACGGUGCUGACUUUGUUAUUAAUUAUCGUGAAAAAGACUGGACUGAACAAGUCAAAAAGGUUACUAAUGGCCAUGGUGCUGAUGUAGUUUAUGAUCCUGUUGGUCUUGUUGAAGCUAGUACUAAAUGUACAGCCUGGAAUGGUAGAAUAUUAAUUAUUGGUUUUGCUCAAGGUACAAUUGAAAAGAUUCCUACAAACCGUUUACUACUAAAAAAUAUUUCUGCCGUUGGCCUACAUUGGGGAGCCUAUACUAAAAAUGAACCUGAAAGAAUUCAAGAAGUUUGGAAAGCGUUAAUAGACUUAUUUGAAUCAGGCAAAUUAAAGCCAGCACUUUAUGAUCAAAUCUAUACAUUAGAAACUAUACCUCAAGGAAUGAAGGCCAUUAACGAUCGUAAAUCUUAUGCUAAAGUAGUUGCUAAAGUUGGAAACGAUGAAAGUAAACUUUAAAUAAAAGACUUUUUGUUUAUUAUAAAAUUAAUUCCUCUGUUAAACGAUGCUUAUAUUAAUCAAUGCUUACACAUGGAUACAAUAAAAAAAAAAAAAGAAAA